GUUUAUGUAUAUAAGUUUUAUCUAUCUUCACAUCUGACUGAAGGUUUUUAUGCAGAAAUUUCGUGGAACUACUUUUUGGUGCCUCUGUUAGACUGAAAUGGUUUUUAGUGAUUCAAGGAAAGAUCCAUCAAAAUAUUCUAAGCUAUGUGGAGUUUGUUGUAAUGAAAAUUGUAUAAAAACUGUCGAGGUCCAAAAAUAAGCAUUGAUUGAUAUGGAACACACUAAAUCUGUAAAGGUUAUACAAUAGAAUAUACUAUGAUUGGAUCAUACCUAAAGAGAAAAAUGAACCAUAUGCAUUUCAGAAUUACACAUUUGGUGUUUGGAAUCGUUAUUCUGGCGACCAUCAUUUUCUAUUCUACAUUGAAUUCAAGGCAAUUUGAAAUUGAAGCCACACGGUACUAUGAUCUAACAGCAAACAGUUCUGAAAAAAAUUUGCUGUCACAGUCGGCUAACACUACAAUUAAUACACUUAUCCAAAACAAACUUCGCUUGAGGAAAUGUGGCUUUAUUACAUUUUUUACUAACGGUUGUGGAUCUCAUAAAAAUCUGUCAAAUAUGUUCCAAACACUUGGAGGCUUCAGUUUUUUAAGGAAUGAAUCAGCAAUUAAAUCAGAGAUUCCUCGCAAUAAUAUACAGAGGAUAGUGAAACUGUCAGGACCUAUGGAAUCUAAACCUGAAAUUAUCAGGAAACAGCAAAAUCCAAUGCUGAAUCAUUCAACAUUUAGUAAAUCAGCUGUAAACAACGUGGAAACCGUAAUAGAAGGCGUUGUGAAGACAACAGACAUUUACGAGCGGGGACAUAUGAAUGAUUCCGGCAGUAUUAAAAACAUUUGUCCUAAUAAUGGUUCCGACAUUAAUUUAUUGAUUUUAAUUACCUCGGCGCCAACUCAUAGAGAGCAACGAUUAUCUAUCAGACAGUCUUGGGGACAUUAUGGUAUACGACGAGAUAUAUCAAUAGGAUUUAUAUUAGGUCGUACGCAAGACCAACGUAUAGAAGAUCAAUUAUCCGCGGAAAACUAUAUGUAUAGCGAUUUAAUAAGAGGAAAUUUUGUGGAUAGUUACAAAAAUCUUACUUUGAAAACGAUUUCGUUGUUAGAAUGGACAAGUGCAAACUGUCCAAAUGCAACAUAUUUAUUGAAAACUGAUGACGAUAUGUUUAUCAAUGUACCAAAAUUGUUGCAGUUCAUAGAAACACACUUAAGCCAUAAACGUUCAAUCUUCGGGCGCUUAGCAAAGAAAUGGAAGCCAAUCAGGAAUAAAAAAUCAAAAUAUUACGUGAGUCCGGAGCAAUAUUUUCCUCCAGUAUUUCCUCCCUUUACCACCGUUUUGCCCCAGUCUCGAGAAACAAAAAGUGGAAAGUUGUUUUCAAGACACCGCAUGUUUUACGUAGGACUACGCAACGUUGAUGUAAGUUUACGUGAAAACAUAGGUAAUUCUCAUCCAUCACAUUUUUCAUGUAACAUUUACGUAAAUUAUUGGUAACUCGCACUCAUACUAACCAGUUUACGUGCGAUCCCGGUAGAUUUUAUCAACGUUUCCAUUAACUAGUACAUGAAGUUCAUGUAAGUUGCUGUACAGAAGUUUACAUAAUUUUUCACGUGGAUGCGAUGUGUCGAUUUUUUUGAGUGCAGACGAUCACGAGGUGGUCGAUAGGUGGAAGCAGUUCUUCGAUAAACAUCUCAAAGGCGAUAUAAUAGAAGGAGACGGAACGAAAGUUAACCUAGGAAUACCUACAAACGAUAACACAGUACCGGCUCCUCAUCUCGAAGAGGC